CGGGCCCGGGGUGGACGCCAAGCCUGGCCCAUAAAUAGGGGUCUCCUCAGUGCCCUCCGCUCCUCCCGCACACCUCCCGCACACCUCCCUCGCUCUCCCACACCACUGGCACCAGGCCCCGGACACCUGCUCUGCUGCAGGAGAAUGGCUACUCAUCACACGCUGUGGAUGGGACUGGCCCUGCUGGGGGUGCUGGGCGGCCUGCAGGCAGCACCCGAGGCCCAGGUCUCCGUGCAGCCCAACUUCCAGCAGGACAAGUUCCUGGGGCGCUGGUUCAGCGCGGGCCUCGCCUCCAACUCGAGCUGGCUCCGGGAGAAGAAGGCGGCGUUGUCCAUGUGCAAGUCGGUGGUGGCCCCUGCCGCCGAUGGUGGCCUCAACCUGACCUCCACCUUCCUCAGGAAAAACCAGUGUGAGACCCGAACCAUGCUGCUGCAGCCCGCGGGGUCCCUCGGCUCCUACAGCUACCGGAGUCCCCACUGGGGCAGCACCUACUCUGUGUCAGUGGUGGAGACUGACUACGACCAGUACGCCCUGCUGUACAGCCAGGGCAGCAAGGGCCCCGGCGAGGACUUCCGCAUGGCCACCCUCUACAGCCGAACCCAGACCCCCAGGGCUGAGUUAAAGGAGAAAUUCACCACCUUCUGCAAGGCCCAGGGCUUCACGGAGGAUACCAUUGUCUUCCUGCCCCAAACCGAUAAGUGCAUGACGGAACAAUAGGACUCCCCAGGGCUGAAGCUGGGAUCCCGGCCAGGUGACCCCCGUGCUCUGGAUGUCUCUGCUCUGUUCCUUCCCCGAGCCCCUGCCCCGGCUCCCCGCCAAAGCACCCCUGCCCCCUCGGGCUUCAUCCUAGUUCUGCGGAAUAAACUCUGGAAGCAAGUCAGUA